AUCUCCUUGACACAUUCGAUCGAAGUCUAUACGAGAUUCACGUAAUAGGUACCUUAAGUGAGAUGAAGUUCCGCGUGGCUAGUGUUCAGUUGAACUCGGUACUUGGAGAGAUUGAAGUUAAUAAGAGGAAGAUUAUUUCACUUCUCGCGCAGCUACCGAAGCUGCUUGAGGUUGAUAUGAUAGUGUUGCCAGAGAUGGCGCUUACUGGGUAUAAUUUCGGGUCUCGUGAGGGGAUUAGCCUGUAUCUUGACAGGGCUGAUAGUCCGAGGGUGGUUGAUUUUGCACGGGGAUUGAGUCGGGAAUGGGGAUGUUUUACGGUGGUGGGAGUGGCUGAGUUGGCCAGUUCUAAUGCCAAUCCUACCACCUGCGCCUCAGCUCCCACCCCCAUCUACAACUCCUGUAAACUCAUCUCCCCCUCUGGCUCCCUCCUCCACACCCACCACAAAGCCUUCCUCUACGAAACGGACGAGGUAUGGGGCUGCAGCGAAGGACCUGGUUUUAGUGCCGUCGACGUGAUUCUCGACAAGUCGUACUACACAUCUCCAACCUCCGAUCCCCUGCCAGGCCUCCCAACUGCCAGAAUGCAGUUUGGCAUUUGCAUGGACCUCAACCCCUACAAAUUCGAGGCUCCGUUUAACGCCUUUGAGUUUUCGUUGGCGUGUUACCGCCAGCACGCCCAGUUGGUAGUUUGCCCCAUGGCCUGGUUGUCCCCUCACCUGCCACUGUUGGAUUUUGCGAGCACUCGGAACCGCGCAUCAAGACAGGUGGCAUUACAAAAUGCCAAAGUACUACCGGUUAUUGAUGUCCAGGAACUGGACCUGACAGACCUGAUAUUUGCCCCCCCUGACCAGUACGUGCCGCGGUUGGCAGACAUGUCCACUGUCGACUACCACAUUCUUCGAUUCUUCCCAUUUAUGGGCCACCCCCAUAAUAGCCUACCGCCACGCCGUACCGCCGUCGUGACGUGUAAUCGGGUGGGAGUCGAGACAGACGUGAUGUACGGAGGAUCGUCGUCGAUGUUUUCGUUUACUGGAAAUAACGUCGGGGAUGCUACGGGGCACACAAAUCCGCUGGUAAGGUUUUACGGAGCGCUUCCAAUGGGGGUGGAAGGAAUUUUGUACCGGGAGUUGGACAUUGACGUUGACAAGACGUAGUAGGUUGCCUUGAGCCUUAGCGAUAAGUGAAAAGCCUGUUUUGGUAUUCCUGCCUCGCUAGUGUGUACACGAACCGUGCCGCAUUGUUCGCUUUUCCUGAAAUCAAAUAGAAGUACACGCCUUGGAGUUGCGUCAGGCGUCUCUGGAUGUCUGUUAAGGAGGUCUUUAAUAACUAGUUAAGUUUCUGUAAGUUCCCUGGAAGUUCUAUAGUUGUAACCCAACCCCCUCCUUCCAGAAUCUCUCAUCGCGGUCAAUAAACAACCCCGGUGGCACCCAGUGCAUAUACUUUCCUCUUGG